UUCUGUCAUAUUUUCAAGGACAUCGUCAGCGAUUACCUGCAACCCUGUUACAUGCGUCAUUGAAGGCGUGGACUCGAGCCCUGCAUCUGCCCCUCCACCGCAAAUGGUACUUAUGGCUACCAAUGGCAGUGGUCCUAUGGGGGCCUUCGCGCCUGUGCUAAAUGCUAUGUCGACUAUGCGUGAUGGUCAGAGGGAACAGAAGAAAGUAGCACAUCAGUAUUUGGAGAGCUUCCAGAAGUCGGCGGAAGCAUGGCAGAUCACCAUCGGUAUCUUGGGCUCAGAAGCAGAUGCCGAGGCCAAGUUGUUUGCAGCUACAACAUUAAGGGGAAAGAUCACCUACGAUGUUGGCCAAAUACCUGCGGAUUCCCUUCCCGUACUUCGAGAUCAGCUCUUACAAAACCUAAAAUCUUUUGCGACGGGACCGAAGCCAAUUAGGAUACAGCUGUGCGUGUGCUUAGCUAUUCUGGCAAUACAGAUGACAGAAUGGAAGGACGUGGUACCCAUGAUUGUUUCGACAAUGGGCAACAACGCCGAGAGCCAUGCCUGCAUUCUUGACUUCUUAAGGGUUCUCCCCGAGGAGGUUACCGAAGGACGCAAGAUCAAUUUGACAGAAGAUGAGCUGCAACAAAGAACACAGGAACUGUUAGGGGACAACGCCGCUUUAGUUGUACAACUACUCAUCAGCUAUGCCCAAUCGUCAGCAUCUGCAUCAACAAACCCGCAACUCCUCGAAGUUGUCACUUCCUGGUUGCGCGAAGUGCCAGUAGCCGACAUUGUGAGCUCCCCACUCUUGAAUGUUGUUUUCAAUGCCUUGGACACAGAAACGUCGUUCGAUGCAGCGACGGACUGUCUCUGUGCCAUAUUCAAGGAGACACGUGAGGUGGACGAAUACUUGCCUACUAUCCAGGUCCUCUUACCUCGAGUUAUUGCCUUGCGACCUCGCAUUGCCCAAGCUCAACAAUCGGAGGACACGGACGUAUUCAAGGGGCUCACUAGGAUAUUUGCGGAGGCAGGCGAAGCUUGGGUUGUCCUCAUUGCUAGAGAACCAGCCGGAUUCCGACCACUUGUGGAGACUGUUUUGGAGUGUGCCGCCAGAGAUAUAGACAAGGAGGCAAUUGCUCUGACUUUUAUCUUCUGGUACGAGUUGAAGCUGUAUCUGAUCCUGGAGAAGUAUAUCCAAGCUCGUGUGGAAUACGUGGAUAUAUACUCCAAAUUAGUCGAUGUUAUGCUUAAGCAGCUCGAAUAUCCCACCCCAGAAGGAAACGAGACCGAUCUGUUUGAUGGCGACCGGGAAGCUGAAGAGAAAUUCCGCGAAUUCCGACAUCACAUGGGCGAUGUUCUCAAGGAUUGCUGCGAGAUCAUGGGUGUUACAGAGUGUUUAACUAAGGUCCUUGAGGCAAUUAAAGCCUGGAUGGGUAAGUACGCAGGUCAAGCAACCGCAGCAUCUGUUCCUUACUGGCAGCAACUUGAGGCACCACUUUUCAGCAUGAGGGCAAUGGGGAGAAUGGUUGACAAGGACGAGGAUAUUAUUUUACCACAGAUCAUGCCCUUGCUUGUCCAAAUCCCUCCUCAUGAAAAGCUACGAUUCGCAACGAUCAUGGUUCUCGGCAGAUAUACUGAGUGGACUUCCAAUCACCCGGAAAUGCUGGGUCCUCAAUUCACAUAUAUCGCGAGUUCAUUCAAGACAGAUUCCAAGGAGAUUGUUAGAGCUGCCGCCAUGUCCAUGAAGUUCUUUUGUACCGAUUGCAAGCAUUUGCUCGGUGAUCAAGUCGUACAGCUUCAACAAUUCUACAACUCAACACUCGAUGAAUUACCUGGAAUCAGCCAGGAGGAGUUGACCGAGGGAGUGGCAUCCGUUGUCGCAGUACAACCACCAGACCAAAUCUUUGAUCUGCUGAAGCUCUACUGUGACCCAUUGAUGGCUAGAUUGAUGGCGUUAGCGAACCAAGCUACUGACAAUGACAGCAAGCUCGCAGUCGCAGACCAUCUCCAGCUCAUCACCUUCUUCGUUCAAAUCGUUACUCCUUAUGUGGAGCCAGGCCAUCAGAACCCGGCAGUUCGGUAUUGUCAAGAAAUAUUCCCCAUUCUGGCAACAAUCCUUGAGAACUUCAUCGACUUCACCCCAAUAUGUGAGCGAAUCUGCCGCAACUGGCGAUAUAUGAUCAUAUCAUACCGUGUAGCCAUGGCACCACUCCUUCCACAAAUGGCGAACAAGCUAGCUAGCGGCUUUGCGACUUCAAAGCAAGGUUGUUUCCUGUGGGUUACGAGCGCCAUAUUGCGCGAAUUCUCCGAGGAUCGCGAGCAUGUGGACGACCAAACAACGGAAGCCAUCUAUGCAUUCUUUGAAUCACAAGCAACCAACAUGCUUAGAAUGAUGAGCGACCUACCUCCACAAGACCUACCAGAUGUCAUCGAGGAUUUCUAUCGCUUGCUCGUUGAUGCCUUACUUUAUUAUCCUCACAAGAUGAUCCGUUCCGAUCUGUUCACGCCAAUCUUCCAAGCUGCGGUAUCUGCCUUGGCACUUGAACAGCGAGAUCCGCUCAAUGCGACCCUCCACUACAUCAGAGACGUGAUUGGCUAUGGUGGUGACAACCCACCCAGCUCCAGCAACAGUCCCAAUCCACCUGAGAUCAAGCACGCCGUUCAGCAGCUGCUGCUUGCAAAUGGAGAAAUGCUCGUCAAGCAGAUCCUGGCUGGCAUGAUGAUCACUUUCCCCGAUGAUUGCUUCACUGACGGCAGCGGCGCCCUUCUCGGUCUCUUCGAGAUCAUGCCGCAACAGACAGGCGAAUGGGUAGACAGGACAGUCCGUAUGCUGCCAGCUGGAACCGUCAAUGAGACCGAGAUCAACCGUCUGAUGACUGGUAUCCGGGAGCGUCUCGCCCUCGGCACUGAUGGUAUGCGCAAGGUUCGAAGUCUUCUGCAGGACUUCACGAACAAUUACCGAAGACGAUACGUUGCACCCAGAGAUGGAUUAGGUAGACUUGAGGCCGAGCGCUUCCAUUUCAAUGCUUGAUUCAGUACCUCAUUUCAUCGGUUCUCUUGGUCUGCUUUGCGUUGUG